UUAGGAGUUAGUUAUAACUGAUUCUUGUUUAGCUAGCUUAUUGUUUCAUUUGAUCAUUUAGUGCAAUGAAAUCUUUCUUCUUCAAUCUCUUUCUCUAAGCUUUUACAACCAUAACAUAAGGCUUUUUUUUCGGGCGGGAUAUUAAAGAAAAUAUUUAUAACAAAAUCAAUUCUUUUUCAUUUUCCUUUUUCUUUAAUCUAAACAUUACAAUUUCACAAAGAGAGAAAGAGAGAGAUGUGGAAGGAGAGAGCUUUGGCUCUACGACCAUGUCUUCUCGAAUUCCUUAUCGAAUCUGCUCAGUUACUCGAAGUGAGUCCGAUCGUCAAAUACACUGCGCUAUCAUUCUUCGCCGAUAGAUUCUACCCUCGCUUCUCCAGCUCCAGGUUCAAAGAAGGAGGUGACAUAGCAAACUGGCUUUUGCAACCGUUGAGAGAAAGCAAUUUGCAGUUGUUUGCACUUGUUUCCUUAUGGAUAUCCAGCAAAAUACACAGUUCCAGACCAUUGUCCAUUAAUUGCUUCAAGUCUUUGGGUGACAAGGUUAUCAAAGAGCAGCAUUUUACGAAUCGGGAUUUCUUGGAAGCAGAGGUUGUUUUGAUGCAGGUCUUGAAUUUUGAGAUUGGUGCAGUAGAUAUUGCUUUUACAUUCCUUGAAGAGCUUUUUCAUCAGCUAAGGGAAGUGGCAAAAAUUGGAGACCUUGUGAACUUUGAAGCAUGCAUGGACAUUAUGGAUAUCCUUUAUGAAAAAGGAGAGAUAUCUACAGAGCAUUGUUCUUCUCAUUCCCUUGCUGCCUCAACUUUGGUUGCUUCAUAUGUCAUUACAGUUCCCAAACAAAGGUGGGAGUUUCCCAUUCUUCCUUGGGUCAGAUUUGUAACAGGUUGCAAAGAAGACGAUAUUUUAGAGAUUGUCAGAGAAAUUCUGAAGCAUGUAUUCGAUCCUUCUUGACAAGACACCAAACCAUAAAAACAAUAAAAAAAAUAAAUAUGAUUUGGAUCAUAUGAUUCUUCUGGUUGGACAAGGAACAUUAAAUAUGAUGAGCUGCAUAGUAGAAGUACCUCGUGUUGUGUGUGCUAUACUUUCUAACCAAAACAUUACAUUUUGAAUCAAAACAACAUGUGUGAAGGUUUUUAUAGGGACCAAUUUGUAAUAGAAAGUAAAGUAAAGUAAGUACUUUGGUAAUGGAGUGAGUUUGUGGGCUCUACCACACGGUUGUCUGAAUUUUAUUAAUAGAAAUUUCAGUCCUUUUCCUGUCAA